GGGAGCUUCAAUACUUGUACUAUGUAAUGGUGAGGAGAGUCUAAUGAGAAUUGAGAGGGCUUGGACAUUAGCCUAAAAAGUCCCGUGGUUUUCUCCCUUUCGGGUUUCCACGUAAAAACUGAGCUUGUUCAUACACAUUUAUACAUAUAUUUACUAUAUCGUGUUGGAUUAAACUCAACACUGGCGCCGUCUGUGGGAAUCUUGUUCAAAAAGAUUCAUGUUGUUCUUCACUGCGAAGAAGAUUUUGAUACUGGAAAGCUACUAAUCCGAGCGAAGGAAGAAGGAAAGAAGCUGUGGAAUCUGGAGUUCAGAUCUGGAUUCUUCCAUAUCUGGGUUGGAGUUGCCGGAGCCGCCAUCACCGUCUCCGCCGCCGUGGAACCUCCGCAAAAGAAGGAUAAACAAGGCCAGUAGUGUGGCCGCCGUUUCAGAGGACUACCGCCUUACAAAGCUCAGCUCCUCAGUCUGAACCGCGACACCGCCGAAUGCCGUCUGCCGUUAGCUUCCCCCUCCUCGUCUGAACGCCUGAGCAGUGGGCCCUGCCAUCUCGCCAGACCAUGGCUUGUCCUUCGGUCGAAGCUCGGCCUCGAGCUGAAGCUUCCGCCAUUCAUGGUUUCUUGCCUAAAUCUGGACAGCAGCGCGGGAUGAGGACGUGGGAUGGCUGAACCGUGAAAGGCCCGAGCAAGGCCGAGAGGUUUAUGGAGUAUUUUGACUGAGUCAAAAUUGCAACUAUGGCUGGGACAGCUCGUAGGCUGGCAGAAAUUGAGUGGUUCGGAGGAGGUGGCGUAGAGCCGAUAGAGAGGUACAGCCUAGGAGCCAUCUACGAAUGGCCAAGUUGGGGGUUAUGGUGGGCCAAGCCAGAGUGUUACUCAGUCAAGCUUUUUUCAACAUGCUCAAUUCCACCAGGAUGCAAAAGCUAAGUAACACUUGGCCUUUCUCAUUUAUUAUUCCGUAGUUAAACUGUUAAAGCUUAAAAGUGUUAAAAUAUUAGUAAUGCUAGUAUUUUUGUCACCUUUAUUUAAUAGGGGAUCAAAAUCUCCCAAAAUUAAAUAAUGCCGAGCGAUGCUCUAGUGAUAAUCAGUUUUCACCGUCAUUUUAAUUAAUGAUUGGUUGUUGUGGGCCCGUCGGCCCGCUCCUGAUCGGCUUUAAUUAGCGAGCGGAGAAUACUUGAAUGGCCUUGAUAGGGAAAUAUCAUUGCUAUUGCCGGUUACAUCACUAUUAUUUAUUAGGGAUAAAUGUCCCGAUUUAAAUAAUGUGGAGCGAAGCUCUGGUGAUGGUUGGUUCAGCCAACAUUUUAUUGAAUAUUUAAUUUCUUGUGGGCCCGUUAGCCCACUCUCGAUCAGCUUGAUUAAGCGAUCCGAGCGUCUCCAGUAGGGCGAUGCCCCGACGACGCAUAUUAAUUUGAGGGUUGCACGUUAGUCCGCAUGGCACUACGUGCCCGAUCGACGAUCAUACCCCAAUGUAAUCCGCGCCGCUAGGCGCGAAGUGACUGUUGCCAAACGUGGCCUAUGGGGCCCAAGGGCACCAAAGCACUCAACCUCGUUUUUCCGAGGGCAGUGCGACUAACUUGGGUCUGAGUUGAAAACUCACUGACCGGUGAAUAUCUCUAUGUGACGUUCGGCGGGCUGCUAAUUGGCCCCGCCGCGAGUUGCUACGUCCAUUAACCCCGCACGAUGAGCCGGGCCGAGGGUCACGAUAACCCAUAGGCCGGUAAUCGUAGGUGUUAGAGAGAAAGCCACGCAGAUGGCUAUGUAUAUAUACUGUCGGGCCGUGCGGCCCGUUAUCAUGCUUAUUGCGCAGCUGAAGCUGCUCGACGCGCUCGAGCGAAAUGAUUAAAAGAUGCUCGGCCCGAGUCUUGAAGACGUUCAGGGCCAGCUAAAGAGGAGACCAUCACGGCUGAGAGCCGAGAGACGAGCAUCUCCACCUCAGAGACCGAUGGCGUAGGAAGAACACCUAGAGGCCGAGGGUCUAGAGGGAACUGCCACGACGAAGAACCGUGAGAUGAUCAUCCAUCAUUCAGAGGCCGAAGGCCUAGAGGAGACCAUCGCGGCCGAGGGCCAACUGACACAAUCAUAUCACGACCGGCCUCUCGGCACGGCGUGAUUAUCAUCUUCAGAAGACCGGUAUCAUCCCCGCGCUGCGCGGAUGAGAGCCAUUGCAUGGGUACACUUGAUCGGCCUCUCAUUGCCGACAUCAUUAUAUCACUACCAGCCUUUCGGCACGGCGUGUUUAUCUUUUGAAGACCGGCCUCGUCCCCGCGCUGCGCGGAUGAGGACCGUUGCUUGAUUUUAGGUCGGCCUCUCAUUGCCGACAUCAUUAUAUCACGACCGGCCUCUCGGCACGACGUGUUUAUCUUUUGAAGACCGGCCUCGUCCCCGCGCUGCGCGGAUGAGGACCGUUGCUUGAUUUUAGGUCGGCCUCUCAUUGCCGACAUCAUUAUACCACGACCGGCCCCUCGGCUCGGCGUGCUUAUCUUUUGAAGACCGGCCUCGUCCCCGCCACCUCGCGGAUGAGGACCGUUGUUUGAUUCUUUCAGGUUGGCCUCUCACUGCCGACACUAUCAUGUUAUGUUCGGCCUCUCGACACGACAUAUUUAUCUUUUGAAGACCGGUUUCAUCCCCGCGUUGCGUUGGAUGAGAGCCGUUGCUCGGAUAUAUCGGCCUGACCGGACACUAUUGCCAUCUCCAUUAUCAGGACCGACUGCUCAGCGACAUUGUGAUCAUUGUAUAUCGGCUCCCAAUGCCGACCCUCUUGAGUUAGCGAUCGGGCUCACCCCUCCCUUCAGGAGGGUGACCAUCGCCUUCGCAUGACGACCAGCUAUUCUAUCGCCUCGUCGUUAUAUUUGUUCGCCAUGCCACCACCAUUAUGUGUGACAUCCCGUGAUCCCUGCGAGUUUCUUGGAUACCGAAUGUCUUCUUCGAUGUAGGAAGAUCGGUAGGACCACGGACCAGGGACGGACAAAGAAGAGCUAGGGAAUCUCGAUGUAGAUAAACCUGUUCCUCCUUGCGAGUUUCGCGGAUACCGAACGUCUCUUCGAAGCAAGAGCGCCGGUAGGACCAAGAACCAAGGACGAACGAAGAAUAUAGAUUGCCUCCCUCAAAAAAAAAAAAAAAAAAAAAAAAAAAAGAUGGGGAGAAGAGGAGGGUAGCUCCUAUGUGGAAGGGAAUCUUGCCCGGGCGUGCCAGAUCUUCUCCCACCGCCGAAGACGAACGCCCCUCGAUGUAGAGGUUAGUAGAGACGCGGAGGGGGCUAGACGAACCAAGGGAGCCUUGCCAAGAUAAACCUGUUUAUCCCACAAAUGACCAUGGAUCGAUGGACGUGGGAUAACAAAGGCGGGAACCCGUGAGGGUAGACCAGUUCGUCCCUGCGAGUCCUUGGGUACCGAACGUCCUCUUCGAAGCAAGAGACGUCGGUAAGGCUAAAAGGACCACGGACGAACGAAAAAAGGGGGAAUCUCGAUGUAGAUAAACCUGUUCCUCCUUGCGAUGUCGGCGGACACCGAACGUCUCCUCGAAGUAGGGACGCCGGUGGGACCAGGGACCAAGGACGAACGAAGACUAAAAGACUCCAAAAAAAAAAAAAAAAAAAAAAAAAAGAAAGAAAGAUGCCAGAAGAGCACGGAGCAAAGAAUGAUUUUAUCCCUCGGCGCUAUUGGCCGGGAAGUACAAACUGAAAAACAUAUGUAAAAGAAUAAUUACAAAACUUAAGUACGAAGAAUGAGGUGGCCGACGACGAUCGGCUAACAUCAGGUUUUCUUUUGUCUUAAACGACGAAUACCAGCUCCCCAGAUCAGGUAGGAGGAACAUCGCCCGGAUUUAUUUCAGGCUCACCAUUCCUUCCCGGAUGGAGUCCUGGCAGACGAUCGGCUUCUCACAGCCAAUCAGGAGAGAGACUUGACACAUCACCAGCACGGCCGAGGGCCGCGAGAGGCCGAGGGCCAUGAGAUGAUCAUCACUAUUUUUCUGUAUCACGAUCGGCCCCUCAGCGCCAUCGUGUUCAGAUUCACGGUUCGGCUCGCCCAUUCCCUCCAGGAUGGCGACGACCGUCUUAUGCGGCACGAUCGGCUUCUCAGCGCCAUCGUGUCUCUUUCACGUUCGGAUCGCCCCAUUCCCUCCAGGAUGGCGACGAACGUCUUAUGUGGUACGAUCGGCCCCUCAGCGCCAUCGUACCCAGCUCACGUUCAGCUCGUCCAUCCCCUCCAGGGUGGCGACGAACGUCUUAUGCAUCACGAUCGGCUUCUCAGCGCCAUCGUGUCUCUUUCACGUUCGGAUCGCCCCAUUCCCUCUAGGAUGGCGACGAACGUCCUAUGCAGUGCGAUCGGCCCCUCAGCGCCAUCGUACCCAGCUCACGUUCAGCUCGUCCAUCCCCUCCAGGGUGGCGACGAACGUCUUAUGCAUCACGAUCGGCUUCUCAGCGCCAUCGUGUCUCUUUCACAUUCGGCUCGCCCAUUCCCUUCGACGAUGGCGACGAACGUCCUAUGCAGUGCGAUCGGCCCCUCAGCGCCAUCGUACCCAGCUCACGUUCAGCUCGUCCAUCCCCUCCAGGGUGGCGACGAACGUCUUAUGCAUCACGAUCGGCUUCUCAGCGCCAUCGUGUCUCUUUCACAUUCGGCUCGCCCAUUCCCUUCGACGAUGGCGACGAACGUCCUAUGCAGUGCGAUCGGCCCCUCAGCGCCAUCGUACCCAGCUCACGUUCAGCUCGUCCAUCCCCUCCAGGGUGGCGACGAACGUCUUAUGCAUCACGAUCGGCUUCUCAGCGCCAUCGUGUCUCUUUCACGUUCGGAUCGCCCCAUUCCCUCUAGGAUGGCGACGAACGUCCUAUGCAGUGCGAUCGGCCCCUCAGCGCCAUCGUACCCAGCUCACGUUCAGCUCGUCCAUCCCCUCCAGGGUGGCGACGAACGUCUUAUGCAUCACGAUCGGCUUCUCAGCGCCAUCGUGUCUCUUUCACAUUCGGCUCGCCCAUUCCCUUCGACGAUGGCGACGAACGUCCUAUGCAGUGCGAUCGGCCCCUCAGCGCCAUCGUACCCAGCUCACGUUCAGCUCGUCCAUCCCCUCCAGGGUGGCGACGAACGUCUUAUGCAUCACGAUCGGCUUCUCAGCGCCAUCGUGUCUCUUUCACAUUCGGCUCGCCCAUUCCCUUCGACGAUGGCGACGAACGUCUUAUGUAGUGCGAUCGGCCCCUCGGCGCCAUCGUACUUGGCUUCACGGUUCGGCUCGCCCAUUCCCUCCAGGAUGGCGACGACCGUCUUAUGCAGCACGAUCGGCUUCUCAGCGCCAUCGUGCCUCCAUUCACGUUCGGCUCGCCCAUUCCCUUCGAGGAUGGCGACGAACGUCUUAUGUAGUGCGAUCGGCCCCUCGGCGCCAUCGUACUUGGCUUCACGGUUCGGCUCGCCCAUUCCCUCCAGGAUGGCGACGACCGUCUUAUGCGGCACGAUCGGCUUCUCAGCGCCAUCGUGUCUCUUUCACGUUCGGUCGCCCAUUCCCUCCAGGAUGGCGACGAACGUCCUAUGUAGUGCGAUCGGCCCCUCGACGCCAUCGUACUUGGCUUCACGGUUCGGCUCGCCCAUUCCCUCCAGGAUGGCGACGACCGUCUUAUGCAGCACGAUCGGCUUCUCAGCGCCAUCGUGCCUCCAUUCACGUUCGGCUCGCCCAUUCCCUUCGAGGAUGGCGACGAACGUCUUAUGUAGUGCGAUCGGCCCCUCGGCGCCAUCGUACUUGGCUUCACGGUUCGGCUCGCCCAUUCCCUCCAGGAUGGCGACGACCGUCUUAUGCAUCACGAUCGGCCCCUCAGCGCCAUCGUGUCUCCUUCACGUUCGGAUCGCCCAUUCCCUCCAGGAUGGCGACGAACGUCCUAUGUAGUGCGAUCGGCCCCUCGACGCCAUCGUACUUGGCUUCACGGUUCGGCUCGCCCAUUCCCUCCAGGAUGGCGACGACCGUCUUAUGCGGCACGAUCGGCUUCUCAGCGCCAUCGUGUCUCUUUCACGUUCGGUCGCCCCAUUCCCUCCAGGAUGGCGACGAACGUCUUAUGCAGUACGAUCGGCCCCUCAGCGCCAUCGUACUUGGCUUCACGGUUCGGCUCGCCCAUUCCCUCCAGGAUGGCGACGACCGUCUUAUGCAUCACGAUCGGCCCCUCAGCGCCAUCGUGUCUCCUUCACGUUCGGAUCGCCCAUUCCCUCCAGGAUGGCGACGAACGUCCUAUGUAGUGCGAUCGGCCCCUCGACGCCAUCGUACUUGGCUUCACGGUUCGGCUCGCCCAUUCCCUCCAGGAUGGCGACGACCGUCUUAUGCGGCACGAUCGGCUUCUCAGCGCCAUCGUGUCUCUUUCACGUUCGGAUCGCCCCAUUCCCUCCAGGAUGGCGACGAACGUCUUAUGCAGUACGAUCGGCCCCUCAGCGCCAUCGUACCCAGGUCACGGUUCGGCUCGCCCAUUCCCUUUAGGAUGGCGACGACCGUCUUAUGUGGUACGAUCGGCCCCUCAGCGCCAUCGUACCCAGCUCACAUUCAGCUCGUCCAUCCCCUCCAGGGUGGCGACGAACGUCUUAUGCAUCACGAUCGGCUUCUCAGCGCCAUCGUGUCUCUUUCACAUUAGGGUCGCCCAUCCCUUCCAGGAUGGCGACGAACGUCUCUUAUGCAGCACGAUCAGCGCCCCAGCGCCAUCGUGUCUGGCUCACGUUAGGGUCGCCCAUCCCUUUCAGGAUGGCGACGAACGUCUCUUAUGCAGCACGAUCAGCGCCCCAGCGCCAUCGUGUCUGGCUCACGUUAGGGUCGCCCAUCCCUUCCAGGAUGGCGACGAACGUCUCUUAUGCAGCACGAUCAGCGCCCCAGCGCCAUCGUGUCUGGCUCACGUUAGGGUCGCCCAUCCCUUUCAGGAUGGCGACGAACGUCUCUUAUGCAGCACGAUCAGCGCCCCAGCGCCAUCGUGUCUGGCUCACGUUAGGGUCGCCCAUCCCUUUCAGGAUGGCGACGAACGUCUCUUAUGCAGCACGAUCAGCGCCCCAGCGCCAUCGUGUCUGGCUCACGUUAGGGUCGCCCAUCCCUUCCAGGAUGGCGACGAACGUCUCUUAUGCAGCACGAUCAGCGCCCCAGCGCCAUCGUGUCUGGCUCACGUUAGGGUCGCCCCAUCCCUUUCAGGAUGGCGACGAACGUCUCUUAUGCAGCACGAUCAGCGCCCCAGCGCCAUCGUGUCUGGCUCACGUUAGGGUCGCCCAUCCCCUUCAGGAUGGCGACGAACGUCUCUUAUGCAGCACGUCUGCCCCUCGGCGCUGACAUGCCCGGUUUAUCGAUGAGAGUCACCGCUUUCUAUCACAUCUCACAUUCCUUCUCUCAUACAUUGCACUCAUACAUUACAUGUAUUCAUGCAUUCAUGCAUCAUACCUCAUACAUUCAUACAUACACACGUGCAUCAUGUUUUGACAGUACCGCGACGUCGGUUUGUAAAUGCAUGGACCUCUAAGCUUCUCCGAUUGGAAGCUCGAGUCAGGGUCCUCUACUCUCGCCUGAUGCAUUCAGGGGGAGCGUGCCCGUGGAGGAGCACCUUUCGCCCAACCCCGUCGGGAAGGGGGGUGCCUCACCGGCAGAUUACGUUCAGGAGUGCAAACAAUCACUCAUAUAUUAUGAUUAUGUGAAGACACAGUUUCCAGCAAGACAGAGGAAGAGCGCAGGCAGAGUAUAUUUUCUCGAGCAGAUUCGCGAGCUCACUACUCAAGAAACUGGGGGACUUGUGUUGGGAUAUAUUAUCCCGGCCUAUUACUGUUCAGGAGCCCAAGACUUUACGUAGUACGGAGCCCAAUCAGUAAGGCCCAUUUUAGCCUAUCAGGCCUGUUUCGGCCUUUGGGCCCAUUUUGGCCCAUUCGGCCCGUUAGGGUGGAGAGCCCCCUUUCCCCCUAUUCCCUAUAAAUAGGAGGUUUCCCUCCAUGUAAAAGGAUCCUUUUCUUCUUCCUCCUUCUCACUAGAAUAGCUUAGAACUCCAUUAAUGGGAGCUUCAAUACUUGUACUAUGUAAUGGUGAGGAGAGUCUAAUGAGAAUUGAGAGGGCUUGGACAUUAGCCUAAAAAGUCCCGUGGUUUUCUCCCUUUCGGGUUUCCACGUAAAAACUGAGCUUGUUCAUACACAUUUAUACAUAUAUUUACUAUAUCGUGUUGGAUUAAACUCAACAAAGGGAAAGGAGAACAAAUGAAAAAACGUCUCAAAAAGGAAAGAAGGACUAAUAAAAAAACGGGAAGAAUAUAUAAAAGUGUGUAUUUGAUAAAUUAACUAGGUAGUACUCCGUAUUGUAUUAGCAAGUCAACAAUUUUACGCUAUACAACAGUCAACAAGGGGAUCCUGGCACACCAAAGUGACCAAUCCAUACAACUACGUUGUUCUUCAC